AUGCGUUGGGAAUGUUCGCAAUACAUUUCAAAGGCAGCAUUACUAGAUCCCGAUCCAAAUAACAAACUACUCAAAGAAGACACGCUAAUAGUUCUCUGUGAAUUGAAAUUCUCUUGUCUGGAUAGCCUGCCCACCAAGGUAUUUCGAGGCCAUGAAACGCAAUCGACCAUUUCUGACAAUCUUUCAAAAAGCUUAGGACGUUUAUUGCAGAGUCAAAACUUUGUUGAUGUAACAUUUUCAGUGAAUGGAAAGAAUUUUGGUGCUCACAAAUAUAUUUUAGCGGCACGUAGUCCAGUAUUUGAGGCUAUGUUCAAACUCGAUAUGCAAGAAAGUCGACUCAACGAGGUAAAUAUUUCGGAUAUCAGUUGUCAAGUAUUUGAAGAAUUUCUGCAGUACAUAUAUACUGACAAAACUCCUGAUCAAAAAGUGGUAAAGGAGUUACUCGUAGUCGCUGACAAGUAUCAAGUUGACUGCCUGAAGCUACUUUGUGAAGAAAUGAUAUUGAAGCAGUUAUCAGAAAAGAACGCGUUUGAUUUGUUAUAUUUUGCUGAUCUACAUUCUGCAGAACUAUUAAGAAAACAAGUUACAUUUUAUAUCAAGACACACCUUGCUAAUCUCAUGUCAACUCAGUCGUGGAAAAAUGCAAUUCUAACACAUCCUCACCUAUUUGAUGUUAUAAAUGGAGUGCGUGAAGUUGAGGAAUCUGUUCUAUUACCAGAACCUCCAGGUCUAAGGGUAACGGACAUGAAGUAA